AGUACCUGUGCCUCCGGGAAGACCAUGGAUACCUCUAUCUAGACCGAACAAGAAUAUUCCUUCCUGUCCAGUUACAGUGAUGUGUUAUAACGUUUUAUGCGAAAAAUAUGCUACUACUCAGAUGUACGGAUAUUGUCCAUCUUGGGCCCUUUCCUGGGAUUAUAGGAAAAAAGUUAUUUUAGGCGAAAUCCGGCAUUAUACUGCCGACAUUAUUACUUUACAGGAGGUCGAAACGGAUCAAUUUUACAAUUUCUUUUUGCCGGAGCUUAAGAAAGAUGGCUACGACGGCGUAUUYUCUCCYAAGUCAAGAGCUAAGACUAUGUCCGAAAACGACCGUAAACGAGUUGAUGGAUGUGCAAUAUUCUUCCGAGCGAUCAAAUUUACACUAAUCAAGGAACAUCUGAUAGAAUUCAAUCAACUGGCAAUGGCCAAUUCGAGUGGUUCGGACGACAUGCUCAACCGAGUGAUGCCCAGAGACAACAUAGGUCUGGCUGCCUUGUUGAAAACCAACGAAACCGCAUGGGAAAACUCUUUGCCAUCUGAAGUCCAACAGCCUAUACUUGUUUGUACUGCACAUAUACAUUGGGAUCCUGAAUUCUGUGAUGUCAAGCUCAUACAAAUCAUGAUGUUAUCAAAUGAACUGAACACUAUAYURGAAGAAGCUAAUCGUAAUUACCGUAAUGUAAAUCACCAUCAACCUCCAAUACAGCUGUUAUUGUGUGGGGAUUUCAAUUCAUUGCCUGACUCAGGAGUGAUAGAAUUUUUGUCUGCUGGUAAAGUAUCUUCAGAUCAUCAAGACUUUAAAGAUCUGCAGUACAAGACACUUCUACAUAAAAUUUCUACAUGUGAUAGACCUAACGAGUUUAUGCAUUCCUUCAAGUUAUCAUCUGCUUACGAAAACAUAAUGCCAUUUACAAAUUAUACAUUCAACUUUAAAGGCAUCAUUGAUUAUAUUUUCUACACUAGACAGACUAUGACGCCUCUUGGUUUGCUUGGCCCAUUAGCUCCUGAAUGGUUUAAAGACAAUAAAGUACUUGGUUGUCCACAUCCUCAUAUACCGUCUGAUCAUUUUCCUUUGUUAGUAGAAUUUGAGUUAUCGCCAAAUGCACACCAAAGCAAUUCAAAUGGAUUGAUUGGUCGAAGGUAGCCUCAACGUCGGUUAAAAACCGUCAAAAAACAUUWAUCACCAAUAUUAUACUAAGCGUAUGUACAUGUAACAAACACUCACUACGCCUUUUGUAUCACAAUAACAGUAAAUAAUUUGAAUUACUGUGCCUAUCCUCUUUUAACGUAUGUCAUUGACUUCAUAUGCAAAUAAUAAUCUGUUAAAAACAAAAAAAAAUCCCACGACUACAUUUUUUCUUAUUUAUUUUUAUGAACAAAUGAUAAACUGGAAAAGGUAAUAAGAAGUAAAUGUAUCAAAACAAAAAUUAGUUGUGAAUUAUUAUUUUAUAACUUAGCUAUUUAUCAUCUUAGUUUAUUUUAUGUAUGUAAAAUAUAUCUCUCGCCACUCCUAAUUUAUUUUCAAAUUUUUGUAUACUACACCAUAGAUAAAUUCUAACAAAUAUUUGUUGAGAGUCUUUUGUUUUACUUAAUAA